GCAACUCUGACAGCCGCAGAAGUAGGGUUGUCGCCGGCCAUCAGCAAUCCAAAUGAACUCCUACGCCCCACAGGAUGCAGUUUCAGAGCAGGUGGAAGCCGUCGCCUUCAAGGGUCACUUUUACGGCGUUUAUUUGCUCUGCAGUCAGAGUUUGGACUCUCGAUACCGGGGAAAGUGCUACGUGGGUUUUACCGUGAACCCAAAACGCCGGAUUCGGCAGCAUAAUCUCGGGUGCGACUUUGGCGGCGCGAGGAAAACCAGCCGCAAGGGGCCUUGGCAGAUGGUAAUGAUUGUGCAUGGAUUCCCGAAUAACAUAGUAGCACUCCAGUUCGAGUGGGCUUGGCAACAGCCCUCGCUAUCCACCAGACUUAAAAUGUACCCUGAGUUAAGGCGCAAAGUGCCCAAGGAGACGUUCUUUGACUACAACUUCAGGAUCCUCAGCCGGAUGCUGGGGGUGGGUCCUUGGAAUAGAUUGCCCCUCACCGUUCGCUGGCUAGAAACGGACUAUGAGAGGGCAUUUGAUGUGCCGCUCCCUAGCUACAUGGAUAUUGUGAGUGGUAAGGUCUCCAUAAGUGCCUCACAACGUAAGAGAGGUGAUGAUUCAGUGGCUCCUGCUCCUGUGGCUUGGGCCCUAGAGUGUCAUCUGUGUAUGCAGCGAAUCGAGCAGCCGGAACGAUCCCGCCUGGGAUGUACAAAUCCUACCUGUCGGCUCACCUGCCACAUGCUGUGCCUAGCGAAUUAUCUGCUGAGCGAUGAGCCAGGUCACUAUAUCCCAGUUGGAGGAGUGUGUCCGCUUUGCGAGACCCGUCUCAGCUGGGCAGCGUUGCUUCAGCGCAAACGCCUCUUGUUAGGCAUCCCCGAAGAACUGCAGGAUCAGGAUGAGGAUCUCAGCGAUGGAAUUGAUGUCGAUAGCGAAGUGGAAGAUGUCACGGAACUGAGCGAUUGAUUGGUAAUUCUACUACAUUAGUUUUCGUAUAAAACAAAUCAUUUUUAAGUCUGUUCGCUAUUAUGAUUUUAGCUUUAGUAAAGUGCCCUAUAUUCCAUGUUUCUUGAGUAAUAAUUAUUUUUAGUUAUAAAUGUGUGAUUAAUCUGAAACACAAAUUGUUCGCUUUUGGUCGAAAAACACAAAAUCACUUUAUGGUUAUAAUUGAAAGUCCAUAUAAAACUAAAAAGUUUCAAAUCUUAUUCAAAGAAUGGAUUCUGAUAUUUAUACUUCCAUCUAAAUACAACGAAAACGGAUAUAGACAAUCAUGAAUACAAAAUACAAAGAUGUUGAGGAAAAGGUUUUAAUUCCACUUUAAA